CCCUAACCAACUGUUGUAUCUGGUAUGUAUUCAGCAUCGAAUCAAUGAACUAUCAAGAUGCAUGAUGUGUGUGGUGCAUGGAUGGAUGGAUGGAUGUCCUAUUGAAAAGCGAUGAGCGAUACUUCUUCGGACGUAAAGCUUUUAAUUUUUUUUCUUCCAUAAGGACUUGGUUGGGGAAUUCCAGAUUUGGGAAGCCAAUGGCAUGAGACCGUGAUUCAAUGUAGUUAACGUUCUUUUGUUGGUGAUAUUAGGGAGCUUUAUUACCAUGAAGGAUAUCUACAAGGACGACGAACUCACCAUCCCCGAAGGUGUCCAGGUUUCCAUCAAGGCCCGUAACGUCACUGUCAAGGGUCCUCGUGGUGAAUUGAGCAAGAACUUGCGCCACUUGAACAUUGAGAUCAAGUUCGAGGGCAAGGACAAGCUCAAGUUUGUUGUGUACCACGGUAACCGCAAGCACGUCGCCUGCAUCCGCACCGUUCGCUCGCUCGUGAACAACAUGAUCAUUGGUGUCACCAAGGGCUUCCAGUACAAGAUGCGUUAUGUCUACGCCCAUUUUCCCAUCAACGUCAUCAUUAACGACGGUGGUAAGGAAGUUGAAAUCCGCAACUUCUUGGGUCAGAAGGUUGUCUUCCGCAUCAAGAUGCGCGAAGGUGUUAUUGUCGAAGCCUCCAAGAACGUCAAGGAUGAAUUGACUUUGACCGGUAACGAUCUCGAAGCCGUCUCCCAGUGCGCUGCCGAUAUUCAGCAAUCCUGCUUGGUCAAGAAGAAGGAUAUCCGUAAGUUCUUGGAUGGUAUCUACGUCUCUGAACGCAACGUCCUCGAGGCCUAAGCGCUUUUCCAUCUUUAAAAAUCUUCAAACCUUUUUGUUGUAAUAAAAAAGAAGGAUGCAUACACAUA